UUAUUCCUCCACAGACCGUGCGCCUCAUUCCAGUGCACAAGCCGAGCGCAGCAGACGGCCCGAGCAGCCACGCCAGCACCGCCACCAACGACCGAGCUGACGAGUUCGCUCAGGGACUAAAUAUCUGCACAACCCGCGUCGGGCUGAUCCUCCGCGGGAACGCACACUUUCGGACGCGGACGCAUGUGAGAGCAGCACGUGCCCGGAGCUGGGACCAUCUAAGACCAUGGUUCUGACACAAGCGCGGCCGUUUCUGCCCCUGCUCCUCUGAAAAAACAAGAAAGAGAAAAAAAAAGUCUUUGGAUCUCCCCGAGAAGGCUGUGUUUUCUUUCUUUUUUUUUUUCCUUUUUGCGCCCCCAACGAAAAAUAUUGCUGGAAAUAUUGGCUGGAUGGUGCCCGGGGACUGGACUACCUGUUUUCCGCCGAGUCGCUCCAUGCGAGGGGGCGCGGACCGGGAGACGUGCGCGCGUCGCCUGCUCUGAGGUUUUCGACAAAGCAAGUUGGAGACCACCGUUCUGCUGUUCCACACACCAGGGGUGUGAUUUCCUCCGGACUCUCACCUUGACGCGUGUCGGUGAAUGGGGGCAACUCUGCUGCUGGAGGCUUGACGCGGCUGGGACGGGGACAGGGAACCGGGUGCGUGGAGCGGCGGGUCGCCCAGGAUUGUAUUCCCUCCUCUCGCUCACUCUCUCUCCCGUGGGUCUAUUUACAUGUCCGACCUGCCCGCGUCAUGACAAUGGAUUACUUUCUGCUCUUAUGCAGCCUCUUGCUGCCCAUGGUGUCCGCCGUUGAAGAGACGCUGAUGGACACGAAGUGGGCUACGACAGAACUGGCCUGGACUGCACAUCCUGAGACCGGGUGGGAAGAAGUGAGUGGCUAUGAUGAUGCCAUGAACCCAAUCAGGACGUACCAAGUCUGCAAUGUACGUGAGCUCAACCAGAAUAACUGGCUACGCAGUGACUUCAUCCCAAGGAAGGAUGUGCUGCGUGUAUACGUAGAGAUGAAAUUCACAGUGCGUGAUUGCAACAGCAUUCCCAACAUCCCAGGUUCCUGCAAGGAGACCUUCAACCUCUUCUACUAUGAGUCCGACUCAGACUCAGCUACAGCCACCAGCCCUUUCUGGAUGGAGAACCCUUAUGUGAAGGUGGACACUAUUGCCCCAGAUGAGAGCUUCUCCAUGCUCGAGUCUGGACGGGUAAACACAAAAGUCCGAAGUUUCGGGCCACUGUCCAAAGCCGGGUUCUACUUGGCCUUCCAGGACCUUGGUGCUUGCAUGUCACUCAUCUCAGUGCGGGUGUUUUAUAAGAAGUGCUCCACCUCAAUAGCCAACUUUGCCGUCUUCCCAGAGACAGCAACUGGGGCUGAGGCCACGUCAUUGGUCAUUGCACCAGGAACUUGUGUCCCCAAUGCCGUAGAGGUGUCCGUGCCACUGAAGCUUUAUUGCAACGGUGAUGGGGAGUGGAUGGUUCCAGUAGGAGCCUGCACCUGUUCGGCUGGUUUUGAAUCAGCAAUGAAGGAAAGCCAAUGUCAAGCUUGCAGCCCUGGCACCUUCAAGUCCAAACAGGGAGACAGCUUCUGCCUGCCCUGUCCUGCCAACAGCCGUGCCAGCUCAGGAGCAGCCAGCGUGUGCUCCUGUCGGAACGGUUACUACCGAUCAGACACCGACUCUCCUGACUCCCCCUGUACCACUGUCCCCUCGUCACCGCGCAGCGUCAUCUCCAUUGUGAACGAAACCUCGCUUGUGCUGGAAUGGAGUGAGCCACGUGACAUGGGCGGUCGCGACGACACCUUCUACAACGUCAUCUGCAAGAAGUGUCUGCCCGAGCGAGGAAUGUGCUCGCGGUGUGACGACAACGUGGACAUCUCGCCGCGCCACCUGGGCCUGACCCAGCGCCGCGUGGCCGUCCGCAACCUGCAAGCCCACACGCAGUACAGCUUCGAGAUCCAGGCGGUCAACGGGGUUUCCAACAAGAGCCCUUACACACCCCAGUUCUCCGCAGUGAAUAUCACUACAAAUCAGGCGGCUCCAUCUGCAGUGCCCACGGUUCACCUGAUGGCGGCCACAGCGAGCACCAUGAGCCUGUCCUGGCUGCCUCCGGAGAAACCCAAUGGAAUCAUUCUGGAUUAUGAGAUUAAGUACCAUGAGAAGGUAAGCGGCAAUGACCAGGGCGAGGCCAUCGCCCAUACCAUGACUGCCCAGCGGAGCAACGCCCGCAUUGAAGGUCUCAAGCCCGGUACGCCUUAUGUGGUGCAGGUCCGCGCCCGAACAGUGGCUGGUUACGGCCGUUACAGCAACCCAGCCGACUUCAGCACCAACUUGCAAACUGACCCUCCAAAGUCGUGGCAGGAGCAGUUGCCACUCAUCGUGGGAUCGGCCACCGCCACCUUGGUCUUCAUCAUUGCAGUUGUGGUCAUCGCAAUCGUCUGCCUCAGAAAGCAGAGAAAUGGUUCAGAGUCGGAGUACACAGAGAAACUACAGCAGUACAAAUCCCCUAUAGUAACACCGGGAAUGAAGGUCUACAUUGAUCCCUUCACCUAUGAGGACCCCAAUGAAGCAGUGCGCGAGUUUGCCAAGGAGAUCGAUGUGUCCUGCGUGAAGAUCGAGGAGGUCAUUGGCGCAGGUAACCCACCAAAGCUCCUGAGCUACAGGGGGAAGACUGCUAGUCACCUCCAGGCCAUACCGUUAGAGGACUUCACACCAAGCGGAGAGUUUGGGGAAGUGUGCCGUGGUCGCCUCAAGCUGCCCGGGCGCCGGGAGAUCAUCGUAGCCAUCAAGACUCUGAAGGUUGGCUACACUGACCGCCAGAGGCGGGACUUCCUGUCUGAGGCUUCCAUCAUGGGCCAGUUUGACCACCCCAACAUCAUUCGUCUGGAAGGUGUAGUCACCAAGAGCAGGCCAGUGAUGAUCGUGACCGAGUUCAUGGAGAACGGUGCUCUGGACUCUUUCCUAAGGCUGAAUGACGGGCAGUUCACCGUGAUCCAGCUGGUUGGCAUGUUGCGCGGUAUCGCAGCAGGCAUGAAGUACCUGUCGGACAUGAACUACGUGCACAGAGACCUAGCCGCACGUAACAUCUUGGUCAACAGUAAUCUGGUGUGUAAGGUGUCCGACUUCGGCCUCUCUCGUUUCCUCGAGGAUGACGCCACAGACCCCACCUACACCAGCUCACUGGGAGGGAAGAUCCCCAUUCGCUGGACGGCUCCUGAGGCGAUCGCUUACAGGAAGUUCACCUCGGCCAGUGAUGUCUGGAGCUACGGCAUCGUCAUGUGGGAAGUGAUGUCGUACGGCGAGCGGCCAUACUGGGACAUGAGCAAUCAAGAUGUGAUAAAUGCCGUUGAGCAGGACUAUCGACUGCCCCCACCCAUGGACUGCCCCACAGCACUGCACCAGCUCAUGUUGGACUGCUGGGUAAAAGAGAGAAACCUGCGACCCAAAUUCACCCAGAUUGUGGCCACACUGGAUAAACUUAUCCGCAAUGCUGCCAGCCUCAAGGUGGUCACCAACAGCACACAGUCCACUGGGGUGUCCCAGCCCUUGCUUGACCGCUGUGUCCCAGACUAUACCACUUUCACCACUGUGGGGGACUGGCUGGACGCCAUCAAGAUGAGCCGCUACCGUGACAACUUCGUCAAUGCUGGAUUUGCCUCCUUUGACCUGGUGGCCCAGAUGACAGCAGAGGACUUGCUGCGGAUAGGGGUGACGUUGGCGGGCCAUCAAAAGAAGAUUCUUGGUAGCAUUCAGGACAUGAGACUACAGAUGAACCAAACACUUCCUGUCCAGGUGUGAAGCAGCAGGACGCCCUCGGACCGACGCCGUCGAAGGACAGACCUACAGCAAAAGGGGGAGGAUUUUUGGCAGAGAGAGCCAUUGGAAAACCCUAGCUGCCUGACCCACCUCUGCCAAUUAGACGCAACAAAACUGGCUUGCGGUGCCUCUGAAUAUUUUUUUUUUCUUACUUUCAUUACCACUUCCAUUCCCCGUUCCUGCUUUUUUUGUUUUGUUACUCGUCACUGUUUCUUUGUCCAUCCAAUCAUAAUUUGUGUGUUUUUGAAGGAGAAAGAGUUAACCUCCUUAUAUCCCAUGCGUGCCUCACCAGCUCUGGUGUGGGGUGACGUUUGCAUGCAUGCGUGUUUUAGUAAAGUUGGCCUUAGCCCGGUACCUGGACCUUCACACUCUGCUCCUCACACAAGAGCCCCGCCCUUUGACCCCUAAACCCAGCUCGGAUGGACAUAUUAUACAGUAAACAAUGAACACCCUGCUUUGAAAAAAAUUGACAAAAGUUCACACAUGAAAAACAAAAAAAAAAACCUAAGUGUUUUGGACCCACAGGAGAUAGCGGACAAUUCUUUCCCUGAUAGAAGUUGUUUUACUGUGCACGUGUGUCGUUCUCCAUCUUCAUAUUGAAGGUGUGUUAUCUAAAAGGGCACUUGCUGAAAAUAGGGCGAGGUGGUGGAGGAGGAAAUACAAUGGGCUGAGGUCAAAGGUCAAGAGGACGACAGAGAUCAAAAAAAGUGCAGCCACAUUUUUGGGACACUUGUGUCGGCUCUUCACUUUGACCUGCAGUGACUCAGGAUAGUUACCCGAUGGGGAUCACUUGCUCAUCAAGUUCGUUUUAACACAUGAACAUGUUUUAUUUUUGUUCGUCCACACAAUUUUUUUUCCCCCCUCUUUCCCUCUCCCCCUUUUUUUGGGUUUUGACUCUCGUACACAUUUUUGGGAGAUUUGUGGUUUUUUAAAAUGGCCGGCCAAUCCUGAGUGCCCCCACUGGACUAUGUGAUUAGGGGGGACAUUGACUGUGGCGCUAUAGAAAGACCACUUGGCCUUCUGUGUGCGUUUUUGUACGUGUGCGUGCGCGUGUGUGCGUGAAUGUGUGACUAAGUGCGCAUGGAUGUGCGGAUGUGUCGAGUUGCACACAAAUAUACUGUACAGUAAGGCUUCCGCUAUUUGCCACCGUGGAGAAUUAACGCAUGAACUGAACCGUGACAAGGAGCAAAUAUAUCUGAAACAAUUACGCUAUAGUCUGUGGACAACUGUUAAACAUUCUUUUUUAUUGAAUCCAAAACAAUGAACUUUGGACACACACACACAUGCACACACACACAAACACACACACACAUAUAUAUAAUUAAAUAUAUAUAUGCAUCAUGAGGAAACUGAGAGAAUACAUGACAGACACCUUACUUUCUACUUACUAUUAUCUGGAUUUCAAAAUAAUCAAAAUUCUUGUUUUAAUUUCUUGACAUCCUGCCCUAUGUAUUUAUUUGUACCUCCCCCCGCCAACCCCACCGCCCUCCAAUCAGAUGCUCCAUUUGGACAUCUGGGACAGCGGACAUGGAACAAUCACAAGAAAGAGAAACUCCAAGAGGAUUCGCCUAACGGAUUGAUGAUUAUUAAACAAAAGAAAUUGCAUAUAAAUUGGAUAUUGUAUUUUUGUUGUUGUUCUAAACAGCCUGUACAUGUUUUGUAACAAAAAUAUGAUAAAUAACAAAAAAGAGAAAAGAAAAAUGGUGUUUUGACAAAAUGGAAGUGUUGUUGUGAAAUGAUUGAGGGUGAAAUUUGCCAGAGAGCAAAAGAAGAAGAAGAGAGAAGUCGGGACUGAGAAAGGAAGAGAUGAACACAUUGUUAGACAGCUGGUCAUAACGUGUCGCCCCUCUGCUCUCUGUCCAUCAUUGUGUGAGUGUCGAGGUUAAUGUCUUCACAUUUGUGUGUGCCACCUUAACUAGAUAUUGAGCUUCCCCAAUACAUCCUCUUUCUCAACAUAAAGAGCAUUUGUGAAUCCCAGAGCUGUUAAUGACAGUCUUCCAGGCACCCAAAUUCAAAACCUGCUGCAGACCUCUCAGAUAUGAGAUAACUAAUUUCCGACUGUUAAGGAGUCAUUAAGAUACUGGGAUGUGACCUGCCAGUCAUUACAAUCGUCCCAGACGCGGAGCUCCGUCACAGGACCCGCAGAUCGCCUCUCUGCAACGAGAUCCUCAUCAGAGAAGCCGGAGCUGUCAGGAGAGAGACCUAUUGGUCUUUGUCUGUCAGGUCGAUUAAUGCGGCAGCCAAUCUGGCAUUGGGAGCGCACGAGCAUACGGCGAGCUGACCUAUCAUUAUCUCUCUUCAUUUCCUGUCUGGCCUGCAAUCAUCCUGUCUCAAGCUGCUGCAUGAUUAGUACAGUGCAGGAUCAACAGGCUUGGCAUGCAGACAGCCAAAAUCUGCAGGCCCCCUCGUCCUAAAUGAUAGCAGCUGCAUCGCAGAGGCCGUACUAUUUUGCGCCUCUCACAGACGGGUGUUUGAUGGUCGUGGAUUAAGGGACGGGGCUGCAUCUUCCAGUGUGAUCUUCCGGUCUCCAUAUUGUUUGGGUUGGAGCUGAUCAAUGCAAUAUGUGGCUAUUAUUAGUGUGUAAUGAUAGCAUGAUGUGGGUGGCUGUGCAGUGUGUCUUGCCAUAUUACUUUAGUCAGCCAAUCUUGAGACCCUUCAAAAGCCAUGGAGAAUAUUAUGCAAAACAGCAACGUGUUCCCUAUUUUCUAUUGUUUCAUCUUAUCCCACGUGCAGAUGUUUUCACCACAUUUUGAGCUCAUCCUCUAAAAAGGCUCCCUAACCUGUAACAGUUGUGAGACGAAAUCACGUAGUAAUUUUAACGGCUGUGCACUCACACUACACAGGAAAUGAUUGGCUUUUUUUUGGGGGGGCUUCUUAAAGUGUUUUCCUCCAAGUGUCAGUUCUGGUUUCUGAUAAGAGUCAGAAGUGCCACUAUCAACAUGUGUUGAAAGGGCCUGUUAGAUGAGCAUAACAUAUUUUCUUAAUAUAAUUUCUGAAAGGUUUAGUUUUUCACUGAAGUAAAACAGCGGUGGUUGAAAAAGAGCGCGGGCACACACACACACACACACACAGGACCAGAAUUAAUGCAAUCAGAAGCUCACUUUUACUCGUCUCUCAGGAAUAUACAAUAUUUCUCUCUCCGCCUCCGCUCGCUCUGCUCAGUCAUUUAAUCAGUUAAGUUCCCCUGUUGCAAACACGCAUGUGGCAGCACACAAGACACAGUCGCUGACAGUAGAAUAAAGGAGGUGGGCGGGUGUCUGCGGUGGGGUAUCGCGGUUAAACACAAUCAGAUGGCAGACAUGCUCACUCAUGAAAAAUGGCAGCGCUUUUGGAUUUUGCAUGAACUAUUGAUGAGGUGCACAUGGUGUGCUGGGAUCUGGAGUUCUCUUCACCAAAGUCAACCAGCCGUGAGUGAUGAGCUCAAAUGGCACUGUUGCACAUCUUAAAAUGAUUAAACUGCCACCACAUCAACUGCAAACAAUUAAUCAUUAAGUGGGUUUUUCACGCGUUCAAGGGAGUAGUUCCUAUUUAACACUCGCGUAGAGGAAGAGAAGCCGCUCUCGUGGGUUUUUUCUGUUCAUCUUCCAGACCGGAGGCUGCUGAAACUAAGACGGGACUGUUAAGUUUGUAUGUGUGUGUGUGUGUGUGUGUGUGUGUGUGUGUGUGUGUUUGUUGAAGAAUAAAUGGAUUGUCAUUUUAUACAGGAACAUUUUCAUUAGCAGAGUCUAGGCUUUGUCAGAUGUGGUUAUCUCUUUGUGUGCCAAUAGGAUUCAGACUGUCCCAACAUUCCUUCCAUCUUUCUUUCCCUAUUUUACAUCUUCCACUGAUCAUCAAACACCCCCCGCCCUCCCCGAAACCCCUUUAUUUGCAACUUUCUAUCUUUCUUCCUUUCAGUUGUCUGUUUUGAAUAAAUAUACACAGUUCUGUCCUUUCUUUUGUCUAAUAUCAAGCUCACUGCACAUCGGUUCUUGGCCACUUUUGAAAACUCCCUCUUCAUACAAGGAAGCGAGAUGUUUCAGAGAGUACUGUACAUGUAUAGUGAACUGGAAGGAGGGGGGGGGGCUGAAUAAAGCGCCAAGAAAUGCAAUUGUUAGUUCCUCUUUGAAAAUCAAUGUGAUGUAUUUAAUGGUUCAGACAUACACAACAAAUUACUAAAAAUGAUGAUGCAUUCUUGUAGAAAUAUUUUUAAAAGACCCUUUUGCAAUUAAAUUAUUUAAGAAAAGUGA